AUGCCAUCCAACCUCCAACGAACUGUCCUCGUUACCGGCGGUACCUCUGGUUUAGGAUACCAUUGCGCAUUGGCCAUCGCCCGUCAGCGUCCGGAUUACCAAGUUGUCAUAGCGUCGCGAUCGGAUCCAACUGCUUCAGCAGACGCGUUAAACAGUCUCCUUGAUCAGCAAAAUGUCCAAUUUCUGAAAUUGGAUCUAUCAUCUCUCGCUAAUGUCCGCUUAUUUGCGGCAGACUGGGAAGCACUUCCCCGGGGGGUCGAGUAUACGGAGGACGGCUUUGAAAAGACCUUCGCAAUUAGUCACAUCGGCCAUGCUCUGUUGUUUUCUCUCCUGAGACCCUAUCUCGCCAACACUGCUCGCGUCGUGAUCGUCUCAAGUGGAACCCACGAUCCCGAGCAGAAGACUGGCAUGCCUGACGCAAACUACCAGUCUGCAAAGGACCUUGCUUAUCCGCCGUCCGCAUCAGUCGGCAAGAAUGGUCGGCAGCACUACACCAACACGAAGUUGGCUAAUGUCCUUUACUCGUAUGCCUUACACCGGCGCUUUGAAUCCAUCAAUGAGAAGCAUGGGAGGCACUGGACAGUUGUUGCUUUUGACCCUGGCCUUAUGCCAGGGACGGGUCUUGCCAGGGGUGCUCAUUGGGUGCUGAAAUUUCUAUGGUCGCGAGUUCUACCGAACAUUAUCCCGUUCUUGCGCCUGGUUCUCAGCCCCAAUGUGCACAGGCCCCAGGAAUCAGGCGAGUCUUUGGCUCGGCUGGCUGUUGACUCGGAUGUUGAAGGCAUGAGUGGGGUCUAUUUUGAGGGGAGAAAAAAAAUAAAGUCGAGUACAGCGAGCUAUGACGAGUCCAAACAGGAGGAUCUGUGGCAGUGGACGAUUACCACUUUGGUGAGAGAUGACAAGGAGAGGGCUACAUUUUCUUUGAGUACUUUGAUUUGA